AUGGACGAGCAUUUCAAUAUACAAAACGAAUCGCAUUGGCGAGGGCUCGGCUUUCCUGAAGUUUUGAGCCGAUCGGACUCAUCAGUACGGAGACAGCACGCGGGAAUAACUGCCGUGAAGACCAGCGUUGCUACAAGCAGCUUUGGCAGCGAAGCAAAGCAGGACUCGCCUUUGGCCGGACUUCACAGCGAUGCGGCAGUGCUAUCGAAUGCUGCGGAUAGCCGUCACACAGCGAGUUCAAUCGACGAUGAAUGCGAAGUUGUAGGAGCUAGACCGACCGGGGUGUUAAUGCUUGGUGCUGCAGUGGAAGGCUUCAUGUAUGGUGUUGCACGCCGGCGAGAGGACGUUGGUAUGCAGAUGUGCAGGCCGGCAGGUGCAGUCGACGGGCGGUGCUGGGGUAUGAUCAGGUGGCGGCCUCCUAAUCCGUGGAAAUUAGCGACUGGCGAGCUCAUUACGUGCUACCAGCAUCCCGCUAGGACUGACGAAUCAUCAAGGGAGGGAAUAUAG